ACGUUUAGACUCCCUCCGCGGUCCAAAAAGGCCUCCUCACCUUAUCCUUGCCUACCCCACUUGUCUUUUGAAGGAAACUCCUCCUCGUCUUAGGAUCCUACAACACAUGCUGAGCUAAGUAUGCGGAAUACUGAACUAACUCAUCUUUCUCGGAGGCAAAAUAGCCCUACAGAUCAACACUUGUUCAGCCUCUCCCUCUCUCAUGUUUCUCUCUCAAUCCAGAGGUUUCAAUGAAAUUGCAUUUGGACUACUUCCGCACAUUCGUAAGAUGUCAAUUCUGAUGACAUCCCUGUAAUAUUGCUUGACAAACUUCAAUUUGAGUGAGAGAAUGGAUUCGGUUGAUAAUGGAAAUCAAAAAGGGGAAACCGAUGACUCUAAUGCUGCUAAAUCCCAGACUCAAAAACCUGCCAACGUUUCAGCAUCUAGAGGGACCCUCUUGAGCAAUGCAAAUCCUCGAGGGAAGCUUCAAGACAAGUUGGCUGCCCUUCCCAAUAGAAUAAAUUUCCUUAAGUUUGGCUCUGCAACUGCCAAAUUCAAGAGAUUGGCUCGGGAUAGAGAUGAGAUGUCACGCUCCGUAGCAACUUCUUCAAGUUGCCAUGGUUUUGUUGAACGCAUCAAUGGGGUUUUUGGUCAGAAGAUUGAUUGGAAUUCUCUAAUGAAAAUGAGCAGAGAAUGGAUCUGGGAUCCAAUGAAUUUGGCCCUCCUAGCGUGGAUCAUUUGUGUUGCUAUUUCAGGUGCAAUUCUGUUCCUAGUCAUGACCGGAAUGUUAAAUGCUGUACUGCCAAAAAAAUCACAGAGAGAUGCAUGGUUUGAAGUAAAUAAUCAAAUACUCAAUGCAUUGUUUACUCUUAUGUGUCUUUACCAACAUCCGAAGCGAGUUUACCACCUUGUACUUCUGUGUAGGUGGAAACCGGAGGACAUUGCGAAACUCAGAAAUAUUUACUGCAAGAAUGGGACCUACAAGCCCCAUGAAUGGGCACACAUGAUGGUGGUUGUUCUUCUUCUCCAUGUGAAUUGUUUUGCUCAAUAUGCACUUUGUGGUCUAAAUUUGGGAUACAAGAGAUCUGAUCGACCCGCCAUUGGGGUUGCAAUAUGUGUAUCUUUUGCAAUAGCUGCUCCUGCAGUUGCUGGGGUAUACACCAUUAUUAGUCCCCUUGGGAGGGAUUAUUCGGAAAUGGAUGAAGAAGCACAGAUUCAAAUUGCUGCUGGUGAGAGUAAAAUGCCAGAGCAGUUACGAACAAAAUCGUUGGAAAAGAAAUUUUCCUUUGCGAAAACAGAUGAACAAGGCAAUGUUGAGACUAGGCCACAAUGGAGUGGAGGGAUUCUUGAUAUUUGGGAUGAAAUCUCUCUAGCAUAUUUAUCACUUUUCUGUAGUUUUUGUGUCUCCGGAUGGAAUAUGGAGAGGCUUGGAUUUGGGAAUAUGUAUGUUCAUAUUGCAACCUUUCUCCUCUUUUGUAUGGCUCCUUUCUGGAUUUUCAACUUGGCUGCCAUUAAUAUUGAUAAUGAGACGAUCCAGGAAGCUUUAGGACUUACUGGUAUUAUACUGUGUGCAUUUGGUUUGCUAUAUGGUGGCUUCUGGAGGAUUCAAAUGAGAAAGAGAUUUAAUUUGCCAACUUAUACCUUCUGUUUUGGUGAACCAACAGUUUCUGAUUGCACACUGUGGCUAUGUUGCUGUUGGUGCUCUCUAGCUCAGGAAGUUCGAACCGGGAAUUCUUAUUCUAUUGUGGUAGGUAAUUUUUACAGUAAAGACAUGGACAACAGUAAUCAUCUGCAGCCUUCACCUUCUGAAGAUGCUUCUAGCCCAAGUUCUCCACUUGGCAACAACUGUAACCCAUCCAAGACUCUGACAGCAAAUUCUCCAAGUCCAGGAGGAGUUUCAAAUGUGUAUUGUAAUCCUGAUAGGCAACUUUCUAAGGUAAAACAAGAGUCUUCCACAGGAGGCAAGGAUGAGAUUACAACUCCACCAUCUCCAUCAUUGAUGGAAAGAGAAGCUAGCUAGCUGGAACACCAUUGAAUAGCAUUCUUAUUUACUGAUAAUGAAUUGACGCGGAAUGCUACUGUAAAUUUUAUGUAUCAUGAGUGACUUUGAUACAAUACAUGCCUACAUCCUUUAUAGAUGAUAGUUUUGCUCGUAUAUUUCAUUUCGAACUAACAUUAUUUUCAAAUGGGCAUAAGUGUCUAGAUCAGGAUUAAGUUUUGGAGGAAAUACUUUACUCUCAGCAUUAUUUUCUGAUGGAAAUCUACUGCUAUGUUAUC